GAGAUAUAGGUAUUUCUUUACCUUGGUGAGCUAAGCUACAUAACAAAAGACAUGCAUAUAAAAAACUAGUCUGGUGCGUUAGAUUCUUCUAUAAAGGGCCUCUAUUAUCAAAGAGCAAAGGGUCAGAGAAUUAUGGAGAAGAAAACCAGAGGCAGCCCCAAGAUAAUGAAGAGCAGUAUUCUAUGCAUGCCGGGGUUCAAAAGCAACAACAAAAACAACAAACGUUUAUCACCGGUGACCCUGCUAGAACGCUUCCGAGAAGCAGUUUUUCGCUUGAUAAUGCUAUCAGCUCUCAGCAAGGCCUCACAUCAUCAUCAUCAUCAUCAAAGUAGCUCAUCAACCGUCCCACGAAGAUAUUACCCUGCUGAUGCUCAACACAACGAAGCUGUUGCAGAUUGUAUCGAAUUCAUCAAGAAAAAGUCUUCCAGGGAGUCCAGAGCUAGUAGUUCAAAUAUGGAUGCUGCCACUAGUGAAAUUGUCAUGCCGGUUCCAGUUAUGUAAUAUAAACAUCUUAUUAAUUUUAAAUGCCGAGUUUGUUUUAUAUUAA